AGUUCAAAGAAUAUAAGUAUGCUUGCUUCUCCUACAUACAUACACCGAAGGGGGAACAUUGCAAUUACAAGCACUGAUAUUCCUUGAGAGAUCGAGAGGCCGGGAGAGUAAAUGGGUAGAAGCCCUUGCUGUGCUAAGGAGGGCUUGAACAGAGGAGCAUGGACAGCUCAAGAAGACAAAAUUCUUAGAGAAUACAUCAGAGUAUAUGGAGAAGGAAAAUGGAGAAACAUUCCCAAAAGAGCAGGUUUGAAGAGGUGUGGGAAGAGCUGUAGGCUUCGGUGGUUGAACUAUCUGAGACCAGACAUUAAGAGAGGAAACAUAUCACCGGACGAGGAGGAGCUCAUCAUAAGGCUUCACAAGCUCUUGGGGAACAGAUGGUCUCUGAUAGCCGGCAGGCUUCCAGGGCGAACAGACAAUGAAAUAAAGAACUACUGGAACACAAAUCUGGGCAGAAAAGUUGAAGACGGGCAACAACAAGGCGUUGCUUCAGCUCCUAAGCUUUCAAAUCAGUCUGGUGGUCAGAAGCCCAAGAUCAUCAACAAUCCAUCACCGUCGUCCAAGAUGGAUUUGCUCGUGGCUCGGCCGAAGGCAAUCAAAUGCUCUAAGGCUGUCAUCAGUACAGUACCACAGCCGAACAGCAGUGAACAUUUUGACACCACAUCCGCCGAUGCUGACCACCCAAGGCCCCUUAACAACAAUUCGUUUGCUAUCAGAGAAAAUAACCAAACAUCUGACCUCAUGGUGGAUUUCAAUAUUGCUGAACUUUGCUUUCCUGAUCUUCUCAACUCUUGCUUUCCUGAUAAUCAUCAUAAUGACAAUGGAAUAUCGUACGAAAUGAUGCACGAUUGGACCAUGAUCACCAAUCCUGUUCAACCCAAUGUCGUUCUCGACCUCCACUCUUUGGCUUCAUUUCUUGAUUCCGAAGGGGAAUGGCAGGCAGAGUAAUUCAGACCAAAAGAAAACUUACCAUGACAGUGACAGUCUUUAGCUGCUUAUCACCUCGAAUGAUUUCAUGUAAAUAUUUUCCUAAUUAAUGACUUAGUUUCGGUGUAUUUCCACAGGGGUGAUAUAUGUUAAUUAGCCCACUAUUAAAUAAAUAAAGCAGCACAAAUAGUUGUACUU